CUUUUAGUUUUGCCGGCUAUGAUCUCUCUCAGCUUCUCAUCUAAGAUCUCUCUCUCUCUCCCUCUCUCUCUAUUUGAUUUUUCAUCUCUCUUUCUCAUCAAUGGGUUCGAAUUUUCAUUACUCUAUAGAUCUAAACGAAGAACAAAACCAUCAUGAACAGCCCUUUUUCUAUCCUCUUGGAUCCUCUUCGUCUCUUCUUCAUAAUCAAGUUCUUUCUAAUUCGUCAUGUUCUUCCUCAUCCAUUUCGUCUCUUUCCUCUUACCUUCCUUUCUUUAUCAACUCUCAAGAAGACCAACAUGUUGCAUACAAAAACACGUAUCAUGUUGAUCAUGUCCAUCUUUCUCAACCCCUCAAGGCCAAGAUGUUUAACGGUGGAUCGUCAUCAUCCUACGAUCACAUGGUGCCAAAGAAGGAGACAAGACUGAAACUAACAAUAAGGAAAAAAGAUCAUCACGAAGACCAAACCGAUUUUCUUCAUCAAAACCCGACAAAACCCAAUUCAGACUCCGACAAGUGGAUGAUGUCCCCAAAGAUGCGGUUGAUCAAGAAUACAAUAACCAACAAUAAACAGUCCACCGAUCAUACUAGUAAAAAUAAUAAUGAUCAUAAAGAAGAUCACGACCUUUUAAACCAGAAUAUUAGUUUGGAAGAAGGUCACGAUGAAGAUCUCAAGAAAGUCUCGCCCAGGACGACCACGGCCGUGGCCAGGGAAAAUCGCUACAGUACAAUCAACGAGAAUGGUUAUGGUAAUAACAAUGGCCUGAUUAGGGUUUGUUCCAAUUGUAACACCACCAAGACUCCUCUUUGGCGAAGUGGGCCUCGAGGUCCCAAGUCUCUUUGUAACGCAUGUGGCAUAAGACAAAGAAAGGCGAGGCAGGCCGCAAUGGCUGCAGCCACAGCUGAGGGCGACCAAGAGGUGAUGGCGGCACGGAUGCGGCAAUUACCGGUGAAAAAGAAGUUGCAAAACAAGAAAAAGCGAUCUAACGGAGGAGACAAUUACGAUAUUACUCCCCAUGUAGUGGCCUAUACAAAAAAGUGCAAGAUCAAAGAAGGAGAUGAGUACGCGGCCGCGGUUGUUGAGAUUAGUAAAUCAACAACUUCUUCUGAUUCUUCAGUUUCAUCCAACAAACUUCGCUUUGACGACUUGACGAUAAUGUUGAGCAAAAGCUCAGCUUAUCAACAAGUGUUCCCACAAGAUGAGAAGGAAGCUGCUGUUUUGCUCAUGGCUUUGUCGUAUGGAAUGGUGCAUGGCUGAUCAGAUAAUGACAAAGUCUUCUGACGACAAAUGGAGGUUAAUUUUAUAAAAAUAUAUACAUAAUAAUCAAAAUAAUGAUAAGAUUUUUAAAUCUUGGAGUGAUUCAUGUGGUUUUUGCAAGUAUGUCUAAUAUGAGAAGCCUAAACAUUUUAUAAUAAGAAUGUAUGAGAGUUUAAUAUAAUAAUUAAUAGCUCUAUAUUAUGUUUUGGGAGAUUUUGGUUUAGGGUUUAGUACUUUAUGUUGUGUGUGUUUUUUCCCUGAUGGAGCAAUGAUCACCGAUAAUGUGGGUUUUCUUGUUAUUCCAUCUUUAUAUUGUGUUACGUGAUUUGAGAAAUAAUAUAAAAAAAUAUUUAUCUUUUCA